AUGGCUCCCGUUUUAGAGAAGAAGCUACUGGGCGACACUCUGGAGAACAGCAACGAGGAUGAUGAAGGACAAAACCUCUGGUCUUCAAUCCUCAGCGAAGUUUCCACACGGUCCAGCUCUAAGUUGCCUUCUGGGAAAAAUAUACUGCUUUUUGGGGAGGAUGGUUCAGGAAAGACAACACUUAUGACAAAACUUCAAGGAGCCGAGCACAGUAAGACAGGUCGAGGGCUGGAGUACUUGUACCUGAACGUCCAGGAUGAAGACCGAGAGGAUUUGACUCGCUGUGGCGUGUGGAUCCUGGAUGGAGACUUGUACCACAAAGGUUUGCUGAAGUUCGCAGUGACUGCCGAGUCGCUGAAGGACAGUCUAGCGGUGUUCGUGGUGGACAUGUCACGGCCUUGGACCAUCAUGGAGUCGCUGCAGAAGUGGACGAGUGUGCUGCGUGAGCAUGUGGACAAACUCAAGAUCCCACCUGAGGAAAUGAAAGAGAUGGAGCAGAGGAUGGUUAAGGCCUUUCAGGAGUAUGUAGAGCCAGAGGAGUCACCCCAGAGACGAGCUCCAGCGGCCGGGGGAGAGGAUGAGGGUGUGCUGCUGCCCCUGGGAGACAACAUCCUCACACACAACCUGGGCAUUCCAGUGCUCAUGGUUUGCACAAAGUGUGAUGCUGUCAGUGUACUGGAGAAGGAGCACGACUACAAGGAGGAGCACUUUGACUUCAUUCAGUCACACAUCCGGCGGUUCUGUCUACAGUAUGGAGCUGGCUUGAUUUACACUUCGGUCAAAGAGGAAAAGAACAUGGACCUUCUCUACAAAUACAUGGUGCACAAAAUAUAUGACUUCCAGUUUACUACGCCUGCCUUAGUAGUGGAGAAGGACGCCGUGUUCAUUCCAUCCGGAUGGGACAAUGACAAGAAAAUUGCCAUCCUGCAUGAAAACUUCACAACGGUUCGACCUGAGGAUCCCUUUGAGGACUUUAUAACCAAACCUCCUGUACGAAAGUUGGUGCAUGACAAGGAAAUCAGUGCAGAGGAUGAGCAGGUCUUCCUCAUGAAGCAGCAGUCAUUGUUAGCCAAGCAGCCGGCCACACCAACAAGAGGAACAGAGUCUCCUGCCCGGACUGCGUCUGGUUCACCCCGACCGACAGGCCGGACAGGGCCCACCAAUGUGGCUAGCGUCUCCCCCAUGACUGCAGUGAAGAAACCAGACCCCAACAUGAAAGGAGCAGCAGCGAAUGAAGGAGUGCUGGCCAACUUCUUCAACAGUCUGCUGAGUAAAAAGACGGGUGUGCCGGGCAGUCCUGGGACACCAGGGGCGGCAGCAGGAGCAGCUGUACAGGGCUCUGCCAAGAAAACAGGGCAGAAGCCGGGUUUGACUGACGUUCAGGCAGAACUGGACCGAAUGACUGGUAAACCCGACUCGACGGUAACGGCCAACAACACCCCUGCGACAGAGAACGAGGCAUGAGAACGCCAACAGCAUUGUCCACUCUGGAAAUCAACAUCUAAUGACAUAAAGGAAAAAAAAAAAAGCUAUUCAUGACCAAAAUUCCCCCACCUUGUGCGUCAUCAGCAAACAGACCAUGGUUUACCAAACGUGUUGGGACUCUAUCCGAUGUUGUGGGGGAAAGAGAGAUGCAGCUGCUUUUCUUUGUUUUCAUUUCCAGAACCCUUUCUAUGUUUGUUAGUUUGCGGUGAUACAUUUUUGGUGUGGCGUAUGGCUGGUCAGGUAAUGGGUGCUCUCUCCUUAAGGAGGCAGUCAAACCUCUGAAGCGCGGGGCCUUGCUUAGCUUGGGGAACCUUCAACGGCACCCAUUCUCUUCCUCCUGACAAGAGCAGAAACACACCGCUGCAUUCAACGAGCAAUCAGCUACAACUCCUGCUAAAAUCCGAAAACAAUUAGAAAACAAGAAGUACUUGCAAAAGAUAUAUAGUGUGUACAAACAUAGUUACAUUUAUGCUGAUGUAUUUAUAACAAAGAAAGCAAAUCAAGCUUUUAUUUUCUGUCUGUGUUUUAUCAGUGAGACGUUAAGCUUCCCUUAACAUGGUUAACAUCACUGAUGUCAUGACACUAACGACAAACACCCAUUGGAUUUCAGCUGCCGCACCGUCUCUUUAAAUGAUGUAAAUAUGCGCUAAAUAUUUGCUAUACAAGCUUGGAUUUUGAUUUUGUAUAAAAUUGAAUUAUUUUAACAAUUUAUGAAGAACUGUUUCAGAUGAAAACAAGCAUUGGUGAGUAUCAGGCCGAACGUUUUUUUUUUCUUUUGGCUAUGUUUGGAUUUGGAGGAGAGGAGCAGGGCAGCAUCUUUAGUAUAACUCCCAAGUGCCUGUGUCAUAGUGGAGGUGCUCGUCUCCAAAAGAGGAAUUGCACUGUGGCAUCAACAGUCAAUGUCCUGCUUCGUGUAAUUUAUUUUUGGGUUAUUUUAUUUUGAAAAUGCAUUUCUGUGGUUAUUGCUUUUUUUUUUUGAUAAAAUUACACUUUUUGCUUACUUCAGUGGCCUAGAUAGUUUUUUUUUUUUUUCUUCUUCUUCUUUUUUUCUUGCUGGCAUAGGGAGCUCACCUUUCUUUUUUGUGAAUGUCAGCGUCCACAUAAAACAUGUUUCGCAUCUAAGCGGGACAUUUCGUCCCAAAUGUGGCUUAAACCACUAGCGCCAUUCUCAUGUGGCCAAGUGACAGACUGUUCGUCGUGUCUUUUCUCAGUCCUUACAAAUGAGAUCUCAGAUUGGUCUGCUAGCACUUCUUUUUACAUAUAUUUUGAGGACUGUGUAGUGAUUCGUAUGAAACAUUCCGGUUGUUCCGUGUGCCCUGCCUCAGUGCCCACAGGAAGUGAUGACUUCUUUGCCUUCAGUGUAGCGUUCACUGUUGUCACUCCAUAUGCUCCGUCUCUUCACUCAGGGGAGGUCGGAGUCCAUACAACAGCCUUGUCCGUCUUCACAGUACAUUACUCAGCUUUUUCGUCCACUACUGAUACUGUAUCAUAUUAUUGUUUCUAGCUAAAUGUUUUCAGAUUUUCUUUUUUUUGGAGUUAGUUUGUUUAGCUUGACAAAUCAUCCACAGAUAGAUGAGAGUUUUCGCUCUCUCUAAUGUUGCAGUGGAGAAACUGUUAAUUGAGCAGCUGAAGUGGCUUUUAAAUGAUCAUUACAUUUUCAGAUGAAGAAGGAAAAUGCAGAGAAUUGGAAUCUGGAACCAAAGAUGUAGAAUCCACGUGUAAUGUCAGGUUCGAGUAGCUGUCCUAAAUUCCUCCCAGGUGGCCGCUCUUGGCUAAGCCUGGAGAAGGCAUCAUUAAGAAACGGAUCCUCUGCUUACUGGCAGUCUGUGGUCAAUGUCAGAUACAUAUGAAUUAUUAUUUUUCACUAGACUUUUUGUAAGCUCUUUAAGGGAAUAGACCACAAGACAUGUCAGGUUUACUGUUGUUUUGCAUGAACUUGUGUUCGAAAUAUGAAAAGCAAGAUCUCAUACCAAACUAGAGAUAAGGAACUUGAAUGAAAUUUUCAUUGAUGCUGCAUAAUAUUGCUUAACGGUUUCCAUUUAUGAUGGGCAGGGCUAAAACAUUUGCUGAUAUUCAAGCACAACAUUAAGUCUGGGCUAUAUACCUCUUGUUUCAGUGGCUAAGGUGUUUCAUCUAUUCAGAUCGUGUAAGAACUUAAGAUGAAGCCUCGGAUCACAUCUAACGUUCUUACUGCUUUCAGAAGCACUCAUAUAACCUUAAACGCACUUAAGGAUUUCAUAUAACCUUAAACGCAUUUAAGGAUUUCAUAUAACCUUAAACGCACUUAAGGAUUUCAUUGCAUUCUCUGCAUUUGCCGUGUGAUUGAAAUCUCACUAAUAGCACUGAUGCAUUCCUGUGAACACAGCUUAUUGUCCUCCAUAAAAGACUGAGUUCAGGGUUCAAUAUUAUUUCAUGGCGUUGUAACUGUUUUACUGGAAAUGAAGAACUGUUAUUAGUUCAUCUUCGUAUAAUUGUCAAAAGCGACAUAUUGUCAGCUAAAUAUUUAGUUUUUUUCCACCUCCAAAAAGUUUGAUGGUUACCGAUUUCAAUAGCUUGGUGCAAAUGUAGCCAACGGAGUAAUAAAAUUGAAAAAACUGAGAUGCCUGAAGUACUUGAAAAAUCUUCCUAACUCAGAACCCAUCUGUUUUCCCAAAGGAGACACACAGUGGAUAAAAGGUCUAAAGGUGGCCACCAAAAGAAACGAGUUCACUUGGCUUCCGCUUUAUUGAUUUCUUUCCCUUGGUUGGGGAAGAUUGCAGUUAUAUAUAAUGACCAGCACAUUUUAUAUAUAUAUAUGUUUUAUUCAGACUAGGGUGGCAGUUGACCGCUUUGUUCUGUAUAAUCCUUCUAAUGUUCACUUACCCCUGCAAGAAAGAAAAUGGUGAGAAAAUGCUCUGGCUUCCAAAAUGAUCAAUACAGGAAUUGAAACACCUGUCUGUUCACACAAAGGACUGUGUUUGUGAGCUGUACCUUAAAGUGAGUCUGAUUGUAUGGCUUUAACUUGAUGCAGUAUGUAGCCAUGUGAAAUCUUGCUUUUAAAACAAACAAAGAUAAGGAAAUGUCUUUUUUUUUCAGUCCUGGCUUAAAUAAAAUACAAAUCCAGACUACA